CUAGGUUGAGGUUGAGGUCGAAAGAGGGAAGGAAGCAACAAGAAGAAGAAGAAGAAGAAGAAUUUAGAAGAUAUGGAUCCAGACGCUUUAUCCAAGGCAUUCGUAGAGCAUUACUACUCCACCUUCGAUUCCAAUCGCCCUGGAUUAGCCACUCUCUAUCAAGAUACUUCCAUGCUCACCUUUGAAGGUCAGAAGAUCCAAGGCUCUCAGAACAUUGUUGCCAAGCUCACCUCCCUCCCUUUCCACCACUGUAAGCACACCAUCACCACCGUUGAUUGUCAGCCUUCUGGUCCUGCUGGCGGUAUGCUUGUUUUCGUCAGCGGAAACCUCCAGCUUGCCGGAGAACAACACGCUCUUAAGUUCAGUCAGAUGUUCCAUUUGAUGCCGACACCACAAGGAAGCUUUUAUGUGUACAACGACAUAUUCCGCUUGAAUUAUGCAUAAGAAAAGGUGUCAUUCUUGAACCCAAGUGUGUUUGUUAGAUUUUGAACAUCCAUUUGUCAAAAUUUCUUGUCAAAUUUUAAUAUACUUUUUAUUGUUAGGAUGAUAAAUCAUUCUAGUGCUGCUUGGCUUUUGUUCCCUCUUUGAAAACAUGAAAAGUUGUCUGUUUUCAUGUUAUACUUGCUUCUUGUGUUGCGACUGGCUUUGUUUCCUUAAUUGUCACUGUAUCAAUUGGUGGAA